GUGGCGAAUUUAACAUAAGAUGUGGUGAAACAAGUUCAUCUAUCGUAAUAUUUACAAGCUUACUCCAAAUAAAACAAUUAUGACUUCGAAAAACACUUUUCGUUCGUCCAGAGUUUCUUGUUGUGUUGUUGGAUGCAGUAAUUCGUACAUAAAUACGGACUCUUCUGUAAAAUUCUACAGCUUUCCCAACAGACCAUAUGAGUUGCAAAAAAAAGAAAAUUGGAUAAAGAAAGUGAGAAGAGUAACUGAAAAUGGCAAAACAUGGACUCCUAAAAAAACAGAUCGAAUAUGCAGUUCGCAUUUUGUCGGAAAUGCAAGAUCAAAUAUUGCCAGCAAUCCAUCAUAUAAUCCCUCUAUUUUUCCGAAGACGUACAAACAAACACGAAAACUGGGUGCAGAUGCAAGCAAACGAUUUGAACGUUAUGAAACUUUCAAGAAACGGAAAUUAAAUGUUUCGUCUGACUUACCUUCAAGUGCAACUGCAUUUCAAGAAGCUGAAGUUGUCUCUCAAGGGACACACGAUAACCCAAAGGACGUGAGUUGUCAAGUCAACUUUCAAGAGCAGCAGCAAAGUAUGGAUGGAGAUGACACAAUACUCAUUAAAAUCGAACCAAAACAAGAAGAAGAAAUCCAUUCCUUUCUUCAGGAGCAGAUUUCGAUAAGCAACGAAGUUUUUGUACACAAUAAAGGAAGAAAUUAUUCCUGCACGGUGUUCUAAAUCUCUCUCUAAUGGAGAAGUACAGCAGCACUCUAACUUUCAACGUCAGCUUUUAACUCAAUGUAAAACAGUGUCGAAAGAUUUUAAAUGUGCUAAUUGUGAUUAUGCUACAAACGAUAAACGCAUCCUGAAACGACAUCAUUUAAAACAUAAAGUUUAUAAAAAUCUUAAAUGUGCCAAUUGUGACUAUGAGACAAAUUAUAAAAGCAACUUCAAACAACAUCUUUUAAACCAUAAAGUUUCAAAGGAUUUUAAAUGUGCUGAUUGUGAUUACGGUACAAAUAUUAAAUGUAUCUACAAACGGCAUCUUUUAACACAUAAAGCCUCUAAGGAAUUUAAGUGUGAGGAUUGUGAUUAUGGAACAAAUUAUAAACACAGCUUCAAACAACAUCUUUUAAAACAUAAGGUUUCUGAGGAUUUUAAAUGUGCCGAUUGUGAUUAUGGGACAAAUAAUAAACAAGUCUUAAAAAGGCAUCUUUUGAAACAUAAAGUUUCUAAGGAUUUUAAAUGUGCGGAUUGUGAUUAUGCUACAAACAAUAAACGCAUCUUGAAACAACAUCAUUUAAAACAUAAAGUUUCUAAAGAUCUUAAAUGUGCUAUUUGUGAGUAUGCGACAAAUUAUAAAUUCGAUCUUAGACGACACCUUUCAAAACAUAGGAUGUCUAAUGAGUUAAAAUGUGCCGAGUGUAAUUGUGGUAAUAUACAAACACAUUAUUUAUUGCCUCAUUCUAAUCUAGUUUGUAAUGUUAUUUUAAUGUCAUUUCCUAUAUUGUCAUUGCCAAUAAUUUUGUUGAAUAAAACCGUUUAUUCUAAAGGUUUUA